AUGGAGAAGAAGUUUGGGAUGGAGAAGAAGUUAAGGAUGGAGAAGAUGUUUGGGAUGGAGGAGAAGUUUGGAAUGGAGGAGAAGAAUCGAAGUAUGGAGAAGAAAUUAAGGAAGAAGAAGUUUAGGAAGGAGAAGAAGUUAAGGAAGAAGAAGUUUUGGAUGGAAAAGAAGUUAUGGAUAAAGAAGAAAGUAUGGAUGGGGAAAAAGUUUGGGAUGGAGAAGAAUCUACUAAUUAAGGAAGCAGAAGAAGUUAAGGAGGAUGGAGAAGAAGUUAAGGAUGGAGAAAUAGUUUGGGAUGAGGAAGAAGUUAAGGAAGGAGAAGAGGUUAAGGAAGAAGAAGAAGAAGAAGUUUGGGAUGGACAAGAAGUUAAGGAAGGAGAAGAAAUUAGGGAUGAUGAGGAAGAAAGUAAGGAUGGAGAAGAAGAAGUUAUGGAUGGAGAAGAUGUUAAGGAAGGAGAAGAAACUAAGGAAGGAGAAGAAGUUAGGGAUGAAGAAGAAGUUAGGGAUGGAGAAGAAGUUUGGGAUGGAGAAGAAGUUUGGGAUGGAGAGGAUUUUUGGGAUGGAGAAGAAGUUUGGGAUGGAGAAGAAGUUUGGGAUGGAGGAGAAGAAUCGAAGUAUGGAGAACAAAUUAAGGAAGAAGAAGUUUAG